AUGGUUCACGGAGGCAUGGACGGAUAUGAUUGGCUCCAGCAUUUUCUUCCAGCCGAUACUCAAACCGGCCACGACCCCAGUUCUGACAAUGAGACUCAUGAAACACAUCCGGCAUUUCACGAUGCGGAGGAGGUGGCUAAAGCGGCCGUUAUGCACCAGCAGGCACAGAAGACAUAUAUGUUAAUGAGGUCAACCUAUCCUAAUCAUGCCUCGAAUCCCUCUCAGGCGUACUCGCAAGCCUCGGGUGAACAGUAUGGAGGAAAUGAACACCAACGAAAUAGCAAUAUUCAAUCCAAAAAUGCUCCUUAUGGCCCCUCUGAAUACCAAACAGAUCGCUCUCGCAAUAUAACUCAACGGCCAAAUCCCUUCUCUCUGUCCCAACAAGACUUGGAUGCUCUGGCACGUCAGGAUGCAUAUCGCCGCGGCCAAAGUCCUGUCGGGCCCCCGCAGAGACCUUCUAACUCCAGAAUCGACAGCCUCUACACAGAGAACGAGCUAACCCAUGGCACAGGCUGUGUCCACAUCACGAAGCCCGUAUCAGGGCUACUCGGCAACCCCAAAUCAGAAUUCCCAGAUGUCGAUGCAGCGAAUGCUCAAGGAUCAUCUCACCAGAAUGCGCCGCGAAGCUCCUACUCGAUGGGUGCUGAGGUCGACACCGCUUUGGUCUCACCGAAGGGAUUCAAAACCUCAGCGGCACGCAGCACGAUUGAAUCUCGCCAUUCGAUCACACCAGCCACGAGCACUCGGGAGGCUUCCAAUCUGCCAGCACAGGGUCCGUCUACAAAUUCCGCGAGGUCAAACCCAAUUUCGCCUUUACCCCCAUUUCGCAAUCAAGAUCAUGUGCAAUCAGCCGUACCAACAGCGCCUGAUAGGGUUCGCAGCCCCGCAACAUUCCAGCCUGUCUCAACCCGCAGUCCUUCUGUUUCUUUUGUCUCUUCUGCCCAUACACAGGCAUCAAACCAGACAAACCAGCAGCCUCCGAUCUCCCAACAAAACGAACAGAGCACGCCAGUGGUAUCCCCAGCCUCUGUGUCAUUCACUCCCCCUGUGGCCUCUCAUACGGGGCGCAACUCUUCGUAUACUUCAGGUCCUCGACGAGGUACAUUUUCUGACUCGACCGUGGCACAGCAGCCUACUGCUGGGAAUACGCAGUCGCGGGGUCACCCACUGCCGAUACCACCGCCCCAUCAGCAAAAACGGUGGGCUCCAUCCCAAGAUCAUUCUCAUGGUUCUAUACCACCCGCGAAGAUGCGACGGUUGGACAAUGGUGGAAGUCAAACAAUGACUCCCCGAAACGACCCAUCUGCAGGUAGCUCGGUACCAGGGACCCAAGUUCCUAUGGUACAUGCUCGGCCUCGAGGCCUUGACAAGAAUCGUGACCACGUAGUCCAGCCGAUAAGACAGAGCGAUUUACUGCGAAAGCAAUCCUAUAAUCCCGCCACUAUCGCGCGGGAUAUACUGGUUUCUGCAGGAAAGCACCCGACGGAAAAGCCUCUAAAUCAUCGUCUUGAAGCGCUACGCCUUCAUCUUACCAAAGCCGACAUAAUCGCAGACCUGGCGACGAUUCGUUGGGACCUGGUGGACGUCAAGCCUCAAGUCGGUCGCAUGCCUCCGGUCUCUGCACUCCAAAUGCCACCUCUACCACCUCCUCAUUCCCCACCACUUCCCACUGAUUCUCAACCACUUCCCACUCAUUCCCGACCACUUCCUACUCAUUCUCGACCACUUCCUCAUCCUCAACCACCGCAAAUGCCACCUCUUCGACCACCUCAUCCUCAACCGCUGCAAGCAGAUCAGCAAUUACUCCCGCGUGCUACAUCAAAUCACGUGAUUGCACGUGACCACGCAUCGCUGCCGUCGCGUGACACACCGCCAAACCGUCAAGUCGCAACGCCGGAAAGUAUCGACGCGCGCGCUCCUGGGGGUUGGGCUCCACCAAAAUCCCCGCCGCCGCAACCGCAGCUACCACCACAACAGCGACCACCCUUGACCACAAAGAGUGCAGCUCCACCAAAAUCCCCACCGGCCAGAAAACAAGCGACCCCCCAAUCUAUAACGCAGCCUACACCUCAAGGGCAGACUGUCAAGAGCCAGUCAGACUCUAAUCGGACUGUCAAAUCCCCAGAGGCAAGGCGUCUUUCGCAGCCACAAGUUGUUAUCCCUCUAUCACCCAAGAUGGCACCGAAGAGAAGACCAGGGCGACCUCCCAGGAGCGUGGCGAACAAUGUUGAAGUUGCUAUCCCCCGUGAACAGCCCGUGCAUUAUCAAAUAUUCCCAUGCAAGUGGGAGGAAUGCAUUGCAGAACUUCACAACCUUGACUCAGUCCGGGCCCACAUUGUGAAAGUUCACAUCCCACACUCUCUUGUGUGCAAAUGGGAAGACUGUGACAAUAAGACACCAAUGGCUGCAGCCGAUAUGUUUAGGCAUUUGUCGAGCGAGCACAUUUCCAAAAUGGCUUGGGCGCUUGGAGAUGGACCAAAAGUACCAGUAACUGCGGAAAUUCAAUCGAAUCACCCUUCAGUUAUGGGUGACCGGAGUGCCCGCAAAGGGACCAUGAUCUUGCCAGUGGAACAGAUCGCAGUCGAGGCCUUUAGCAAGGUCCAUGGGAAAUCGACGAUUAAGACCAAGGCGCAAGCCCUGCUCGAAGCUGGCCGACACUGGAAACAGCAGAUUGGGCCUGAGAUGGACUGGAGUGACCGUCGUCUGUCGACACCGGCGCGGCAGAAUAAUGUACACUGUGGGGAGAUGGCAUUUAUUGCGGAUGAUUGA